AUCUCCCUCAGUCCCUAGAAAAUCCACCCACCUGUCACGCUGUCCCCGUAUAAGUCCCACACGUCGAACCCCCAAAAAUCAAUCACUUUACUCUCUCUCUCUCUCUCUGCAGCUCAAAUCAAAGUACAGCCAGUUGAGCUCUCGUUAUUUCACAAUGGUUAAAGCAGCAGCAGCCUCUCUCGCUCUCUUUCUCCUGCUCUUGUCCUCUCCCUGCAUUUCAGGUGGAGCCUUGAAAUUGAGAAGUUGGUGUGUGGCAAAGCCAUCUUCAGAUGAGAAAACCCUUGUGGAAAACAUAAACUACGCGUGCUCUCAAGUGGACUGUAGGGUUCUGCAGAAGGGCUGCCCUUGCUUCUCCCCAGACAACCUCUUCAACCAUGCCUCCAUAGCCAUGAACCUCUACUACCAGUGCAAGGGAAGGAACAAAUGGAACUGUGAUUUCAAGAACUCUGGCCUCAUCACCAUUACCGAUCCAAGCUAUGGAGGCUGUGUGUACGAGUAGAGAUUGAAAGAAGCUGAUUUCUGUGCCAAUCUGAAGAUUUUCUGGUCAAUUUCUAGCUGCUUCCACAUUCAUAGCUAUAUUUGUGCUGAUUAAUGCUUGGUUUCAAUUUCAUCCAAUGCCUAAUGAAGUACUACUCCUCCCAUCAAUUGCCUAUGAGCUUCCAAAAAUUUGAUCUAUUAAUUAAUAUGCGUGGAAUUAAUGAUGAUACAUGAAA